UUAAAACGCUUUUUGAACUCUGUUCAAGGCCAUUUAUUUGUAUGGAAUGUUAAUAUAUUCAGGGAAUAACGUCUCUGAUCAAUUUAAAUAUUUUUGGCGAAGUUCGUUCUUUGUUUUGUUGUGUAGUGUGUAAACAAAUAAAGAAGAUGGCUCUCCAACACGCUAACAUGACACAUACAUACCUAUGUAUGUACAUAUGAAACUGUAAAAUUUUGAACUUAAACGAUAAAUCGGUUUGAAUCAUUCGAAUUCUUAGAAUGAACAUUUCCUCACUUUUAGAUUUGCUUUGUUGUAGUAAACUAUUCACUACAGUGAAAUUAUUAUUUAUGAAUAAAGACUUUAUAUUUAAUAAAUUUUAGCUAAAAGAAACGUUUGGACUUUUAAUACAACAGCAUCUGCUUCUAUAGCGCCAUCUAGCCUAAUACAGCGCACUUAUUUAAUUACCUUACAACGUCAGACGUUAGUAUCACAAAUAAGUGUCAAUAAAUGUAUUCUGAUGUAGCGCCAUCUGCUGCAAUAGCACAUAUUGCUCUAAAUUUAACUCCAAAUGUACUCCAUACUUAUGUUGUGCUUAAGAUAAAACAGGAAAAUAGUGUUUUACAGUUCAUACUUAGGUUAUGCUUAAGCACUGAAAAUGAGAGGCUUAAGCAAUGCUUAAAUAACAGCUGAAUUUUGUUUUGAAUUUGCUUUGAAUUUUCAGCGACAUCUUUCAAUAACAGCUUAUACUUUUCCUUCAGUACCCAUAGGUGCUCCGACUCGCUAGUGAUGAAAUUUGGGGUUCUUUUGUUGUUUUCAUCAAUUUUUGAUAUAUGUCCAGGAUACGGACAUAUGAUACUUUUUAUCCCGUUCGACAGCGUUCCUCUGUGACUUGACAUGAGACGUUAGUCACUAUAAAACGUGGUAUAACAAAAAAGAAUCAGACUUGGAAUAACAAAACGCAAAUGACAGCUAUGUAAUUGACGUAAAAUGACAGCUAUGUAAUGACGUAUGGAUGGCAAUUUGAUAUUUGUAAGAAAUCAAUAUUAAAACUAUUUCUAUUAAAUAAAUAAUUAACAAGUGGAUUGAAGUGAAGUGAAGUUUAAUUAAUAAUGCCGCGACCAAGACGAUCGAAUCUUUCCCGACAAAGCCGUAAUGCAAGAAGAAUACAAAAUACUGCAAAUGAAAGGACUGAAGAAGAACAAGAAAUUGCACGUGAACAGCGCCGCAAUAGUAUGGCUCGACUUCGUGCUUCUCAAUCACGAGAGCAAAGUGAAGCAGCCCGUGAAACAGCUCGGUUGGCAAUGCAGAAUCGUCGAGCGAACAACAGAAGUCAACAAAUAGAUAAUUUGCGACGCAGAACAAGAUAUUUAGCUGAUUUGAAUCGAGCUGCGUUUCGAUACGAUUGCAACAAUGAUUACAGCUUGCAUCCUAGCGUUUGCAUUGGGCAAAUGGACGUUGUUUGCGAGUAUUGUGGUGCAUUAAAGUUUUCCGGAGAAACGCCUGGAUUAUGCUGCGUUAAUGGUAAAGUGAAAUUGCCAGUGUUGACUCCGCCACAUGAGCCAUUGUAUUCAUUGCUUUGCGGCGAAACACAAGAAUCACGCUACUUUCUUGCAAAUACUCGAAAAUACAAUAGUUGUUUCCAAAUGACGUCAUUUGGGGCAGACAUUAUCGAAGAAGGAGGUUUUAAUCCGACAUUUAAGAUACAAGGACAGAUUCACCAUCGAAUUGGAACAUUACUACCUUUCGACGAUACACAAAAUAAAUUUUUACAAAUAUAUUUCAUGGGCAACAUGGAAGAACAACUUGAUCGACGCCUAGGGAUCAAUGCAGGAAUGAAGCGAGCAAUUCUUCAAGACUUGCAGUGUCUGCUUCAUGAACAUCAUGCGUUGGUCAGGUUGUUUAAGAGUGCUUUAGAGCGCAUGCCAAAUGAUGACUAUAAAGUUGUCAUCAAAGCAGAUAAACGACCAUCUGGAACACACGAACGCACAUUUAAUGCUCCAACAGUAGACGAAGUUGCCAUCCUGAUUGUUGGUGAACAAUUGGAAAAACGCGAUAUUGUGCUUACACGUCGCGAUACUGGGCAACUGCAACAAAUAUCGGAAACUCAUCGAUCAUAUGACGCAUUGCAAUACCCACUGAUGUUUUGGCAAGGAGAAGAUGGAUAUUAUUUUAAUAUUAAAAUGAUAAAUCCAUUGAAUGGUAAAGUAUCAGUAUCUUAAUAAUGGUUAAUGUCUGUAUUAUUUGCCUUUGAAAUGGUUAAUUAUCAAAUUUUUAAUUUCAGGUGAAGAAACUACAAAGAAAGUUAGCUCAAUGAAUUAUUAUGCAUAUCGUUUGAUGAUUCGUCAAAAUGCUGACAACUAUUUGCUGCGAUUUCGUCGAUUGUUUCAGCAGUAUUGCGUUGACAUGUAUGUAAAAAUAGAAACGGAACGUUUAACAUUUAUUAGGUUGAACCAAGCCAAACUGCGUUCUGAGGAGUACAUCCAUUUACGUGGUGCAGUUAGUACUGAAGGAAAUGCAGCUAAUAUUGGUCGAUUAACUAUUCUGCCGGCGACGUACAUUGGUAGCCCACGUCAUAUGCAUGAAUAUGCACAAGAUGCAAUGACAUAUGUUCGUCAUUACGGCCGGCCAGAUCUCUUUAUUACUUUUACCUGUAAUCCAAAAUUGAUAGAAAUUACUCAAUUGCUGCUUCCCGGACAAACAUCAAAUGAUAGACACGACAUCACAGCACGUAUAUUCAGGCAAAAAAUUCGGUCCCUGAUGAACUUUAUUGUUAAACAACGCGUCUUUGGAGAUACUCGAUGCUGGAUGUAUUCAAUCGAAUGGCAAAAGCGAGGCCUGCCGCACGCACACAUUCUUAUUUGGUUAGUGGAAAGAAUUCAGCCUGACCAAAUAGAUGAUAUCAUAUGUGCCGAGAUUCCUGAUCAUGAAGUCGAUCCAGACCUACAUGAUGUUGUUACUACUAAUAUGAUUCAUGGACCGUGUGGUGCCAUCAACCCCCAAUCACCUUGCAUGGUCGAUGGAAAGUGCUCUAAACGAUAUCCACGGAAAUUAACGGCGGAGACUGUCACUGGCAACGAUGGGUAUCCGCUGUAUCGGCGUCGAUCACCAGAUGACAACGGUCGAACUGUCACAACGAAAGUGAAAAGAAUGGAUUUCGUUGUCGACAACAGUUGGAUUGUUCCAUAUUCGCCACUUAUUUCUAAAACGUUCAAGACACAUUGAACGAAAGGCAGUGAUAUGGCGGUUUUUGGAUUGCAAUCCUCGAAUACCAACGAUGAAAUUUCACGCUAUCAAGUUGGUCGUUAUGUGAACUGUAAUGAAGCGAUUUGGCGUAUAUUCGCAUUUCCCAUUCACGAACGUCAUCCUACUGUUAUACAUUUGGCGGUGCAUCUAGAGAAUGGUCAACGAGUAUAUUUCACGGCUUCGAAUGCUACGCAACGUGCUGAAACACCUCCAGCAACUACAUUGACCAGUUUUUUUUGCAAUCUGCCAAAGCGAUCAGUUUGCACGAACUUUGAUUUACUCGGAGAUGCCACGUUAUUAUACUUGGAAUGCUUCAUCCAAGAAUUUUCAAAGACGGAAGCAAGGUGAUGCGGUUUCUGGGUAUCCAGAUGUGCGUUCUACUGAUGCUCUUGGUCGUAUGUAUACAGUUCAUCCAAAGAAUGAUGAAUGUUUCUAUUUGCGGUUGUUGCUGGUAAAUGUGCGUGGACCAACUUCAUUUGAGACACUACGAACUGUUAAUGGUGUAAUAUUCCCAACAUAUCGUGCUGCAUGUGAAGAAUUGAACUUAUUAGAAAACGAUACCCAUUGGGAUACGACAAUCGCUGAAGCCAUUAUCUCUGCAUCUCCAAGUCAGAUACGCACAUUAUUCGCUAUCAUAAUUUCGACAUGUUUUCCAUCAAACCCAUGUAACCUGUGGCACAAAUACAAGGAUAGUAUGUCAGAAGAUAUGUUACAUCAAAGUCGUGUCAGUUCCAGAAAUCACGAUAUUGAGAUGAAUGAGGAGAUACAUAAUCGUGCUUUACUCUUGAUCGAAGAUAUGUGUUACCUCAUGUGCGGUAAUUUAUUAAUCAGGUUAGGAAUGCCAGCGCCAAAUCGUGAAAUGAAUGACGCAUUUAAUCGAGAAUUGGAACGGGAACGUGAAUAUGAUCACCAGGAAUUAGAUUUAGUAGUUCAAAGGAAUGUACCCCUGUUGAAUUACCAACAAAAGAAAGUUUAUGAUACUUUAAUGAAGGCAAUCGCUGAUGAAAAUGGUGGUUUAUAUUUCCUAGAUGCCCCUGGUGGAACUGGCAAGACAUUCCUCAUGUCAUUAGUUUUAGCAACUGUUCGGGCGAGAUCCAACAUAGCGGUUGCAGUUGCUUCUUCUGGAAUAGCAGCCACAUUGUUAGAAGGAUGCCGUACGGCUCAUUCAGCAUUCAAAUUACCGUUAAAUCUUCAAACUAUUGAAGAACCAAUGUGUAAUAUGGCAAAACACUCAGCAAUGGCCAAAGUUUUAGCGACAUCGAAAAUCAUCAUCUGGGACGAAUGCACAAUGGCGCAUAAACGUGCAUUAGAAGCACUUAACCGAACAUUAAAAGAUUUACGCAAUGACUCGAGAUGUUUUGGAGGAGCAAUGAUUUUACUGUCUGGCGAUUUCCGCCAAAUACUGCCAGUAAUUCCAAGAUCUACGGCUGCCGACGAAAUAAACGCUUGCCUCAAAUCGUCAAAUCUAUGGCGCUAUGUGAAGAAACUGCAGCUGACAACAAACAUGAGAGUUACAUUGCUUAAUGAUACAUCUGCUGAAGAUUUCUCGGAGCAAUUGCUGACUAUCGGUAAUGGUCAAGUACCUGUCGAUGAAUCGAGCGGAUUAAUAUCAUUUCCAAAUAAUUUCUGUAAUUUUGUCUCAUCAAAAGACGAACUUAUCAACAAUGUAUUUCCAAAUAUUAUUUCUAACUACAAAAAUAAUGAAUGGUUGAGUGAGCGAGCAAUUUUAGCGGCUAAGAAUAAAGAUGUAGAUGACCUGAACUACAUAAUUCAAAAUAAGAUCAUUGGAACAAUGCAUUCAUUCAAAUCUAUUGACUGCGUCACAAAUGAAGAUGAAGCCACCAACUAUCCAAUUGAAUUUUUAAACUCUUUGGACGUGCCUGGCUUACCACCGCACAAUUUACGCCUAAACGUUGGCUCCGUAGUAAUCAUGCUUCGAAACAUAAACCAACCAAAACUGUGCAACGGUACGCGUUUGGUGGUUAGUAAAUUGAUGAACAAUGUAAUUUACGCUACGAUAAUGAUAGGAAAAUUCAAAGGUGAGGAAGUUCUCAUUCCGAGGAUCCCGAUGAUCCCAACCGAUAUGCCGUUUGAAUUUAAAAGACUUCAAUUUCCGAUACUUCUUGCAUUUGCCGUGACAAUCAACAAAUCACAAGGCCAAUCCUUAAAAGUUUGUGGUUUAAAUCUAGAACAUUCAUGUUUUUCCCAUGGUCAAUUAUACGUGGCAUGUUCACGGGUCGGAAGACCAUCUGCGUUGUUUGUUUUUGCGCCUGAUAAUAAAACAAAAAAUGUCGUGUAUCACAAGGUGCUUAAGUGAAGAGCAACCUAUGUACUAAAAUACAGAAAUAAUAAUGAAUGAUUAAUGUAGUUAUUUAAUUUUAUUUUGUAUUUUUUCGAAUAAAAUAAAAAAAAACUGCUUAUUUAUUGCCAUUAAGGCGGAACAAAGUUCGCCGGGUCAGCUAGUAAUUUAAAUAUUUCAAACAUAUUUUUAUGAAUGAUAUUUGUAAAACAUAUGUUGCCCAUAACGUUGCCAUAUAUCAUAAUAAAAUUUUAUAGAAAUUAAGCAUUGACUGUGAAACGCAAACGACUACUCAGUUUGCAACAAUACUUAGCUAAGAUUUUAUUUAGACACAACUUAAGUAUGGACUGUGAAACCGGGCAUUAGCCAUACAAAAUUCUAUACCUAAAUGCCCAUAACGAUGCCAUAUAUCAUAAUAAAAUUUUAUAGAAAUUAAGCAUUGACUGUGAAACGCAAACGACUACUCAGUUUGCAACAAUACUUAGCAAAGUUUUUAUUUAGGCACAACUUAAGUAUGUACUGUGAA